AUGCCCAAGCCCGAGGUCGCCGACUACAUCAACAAGCUCAUCAAGGAGAACCCGGUGAUGGUCUUCAGCAAGAGCUACUGUCCCGCGUGCUCGCGCGCCAAGCGCGCCAUCACCGGCACCAAGGGCGGGCCGGAGAAGAUGAAGGUCCUCGAGAUGGACGGGCUCCCCGAGUGCGACGAUCUCCAGGACGAGCUCCUGAGCAUGACGGGUGGCCGCACCGUGCCGCGUGUGUUCAUCGGGGGCAAGUUCGUGGGUGGCGGGGACGAGACCGCGGCGCUGGCCCGCGCGGGCAAGCUCGAGGCCAUGAUCGCGGCCGCCUGA